AUGGAAGAAAUAAAGCAUCGCGUAGAUACGCAUCCUGAUGUAGAAUUUAGUAUACGCAAUGUGAUGAUAGCCAAUACGACGGAUGCCUGUGAAACGCGUGAUCCUUGCCAACACGGCGGAAUCUGUAUUUCCACGGACAGUGGACCGAUCUGUGAGUGCCGGUCCGGCGAUUAUGAGGGCGCCUAUUGUGAGAAAGAAGCAUGGAGCACGGUGCUGCCUACGGCGGGUGCUGGUGAUUACUUGGCGUGGGAAUACAAUAAAGCGCCUUCCGAAGCCUCUUUCAGAGGAACAGAGUACCUCACGAUAGAUUUGAGCAAAGGAGAUCCAGUUCUGAGCACGCAAGAAUUUAUCAGCUUGCAAUUCAAGACAAGACAACCGAAUGGGCUUCUGUUUUAUUCUGGGGAGGGAGAUGAUUAUCUGACUGUGUCUCUGAGAGACGGUGGGGCUGCUGUGGGAAUGACGCUGACCAAAGGAAGAUUAGAUCUGCACAUAAAACCAUCCCGAGUCCGGUUCGACGAUAAUCAAUGGCACAAGAUCACCGUGCACAGGAAGGUUCAAGAGAUAUCCUCCAUCACCAGUUUCUGCAGGCUGUCCGCCAUCGUCGAUGGGAUUUACGCGGAACAUGGCCACACUGCGGGCUCGUUCACACAUUUGGCGAGCGAUCGACUGCUGGUGGGCGGAGGCGCCGACGCGAGAUCCCUGCAGGGCUCCAAGGGGAUUCACAACUUCGUCGGAUGUCUGAGGAAGGUUGAAUUCGUCGCAGAGGGGGUGAAAAUGGAGCUGAUCGAGGCAGCCAGGAGUGGAGCUGCCGGCGCGGCCGCCUGGGGCAAAAUAGAUUUCCACUGUCGGGAACCGAGAGCCUCGGACCCAAUCACCUUCACCACAAGGGACUCUCACCUCGUCCUGCCACCCUGGAAGGCGGCCAAGUCUGGUAGUAUAUCGUUCAAAAUCCGUACCAACGAGGCUAACGGGCUGAUCAUGUACAGUCGAAGCGGAGCACACACGAGGCAAGACCUUUUUGCGUUUGAAAUCUUCGGUGGCCACCUAUAUCUGCACGCUGAUCUCGGAAGUGGACCCGUAAAAGUAAAGUCGUCGAAACAACGAGUUGACGACGGCACGUGGCACGAUGUGGCAUUUCGACGGGUCGAAAGAGACGGACGUGUCACUGUCGAUGGUUCAACAGUUGAAUUUCGAACACCAGGUGAUUCCACGCAGCUAGACCUGGAUGGAUUAUUGUACAUCGGUGGUGUAGGAGCUCCAUUUGCACCCCUAACUGUUCCUCCAGUACUGUGGACAGGUGCCUUGAGGCAAGGUUAUGUCGGCUGUAUGCGGGAUCUUGUCAUAAACGGGCUACCAAUCGAUAUAGCGGGAUACGCUCAGCAGCAAGACUCCGGUGCUGUCAGGCCAGCUUGUCAUUCUCAACCGCCCCACUGUCCUUCACAACCCUGCAUGCACGGUGGUCAUUGUCUCGAAGGCUGGAACAGAUUUCACUGUGAUUGCACUGGAACACCUUUCACGGGUCCUACGUGCGGGAAAGGUAAGGAUUGUCUUGGUAAUAGAUCUUCCAAGUUCGGCUAUCCGACUAAAUAG